AUGGUAGUCAGACUAAGAGAGAGAGAGGGGGAGGCAGAAGAACACCCUCCCCCCAGCCUCACCCCAUCCUGUCUGUGCCCCCCCCCCCCCCCCCAGGCCCAGAGUCGGGAGGCCUCCCACCAGCGGCGCCGGGAGGAGCUGCACUUCCUGGACCAGUAUGGCCAGCCGGUCACCCUGCAGCUGGAGGGGAAGCGGGGCCACAGGAAGCGCCGCCCCCGCGCCGCCGGCGAGUGCCCCGCCCCCACCGAGAGGCACUGGGGGGCCCUGAGGGCCAUGGGCCUGGUGGAGGGGGAGGAGGGGCGGCCGGACGGCUACGGAGCAGGGCCUUACUACGGCCCCCUGGCCCUGUCACCUGACCUGUACCCGGCCAAUGGGCACAUGGUGAUGUCGGCGGACGUCUACCCGCCCGACGGCUACCUGCCGGCGGCCCCAGACGACCAGCGGCCGGGCGGCUCCUACCUGCCCAGCGUCUCCUACAGCCUGGACCACCUGGACCACCUGGAGUACCAGGGAGCCGAGAUGCCGCCCUAUCAGCCCAACUCAGAAGGCUGCCUGAUUGGCUGCUACAGCGCGGAGGAGGUGGAGCCAAAGAAUUUCCCCAGACAGUCUGACUACCAUCGGAGCUGGAGGCCGGACCGUCCUCUGGGCUACCUCCCACUCAGCGAGCUGGACAGCGGUCUGGGCUGUGGCCCGGACAGCCCCCACCACCGGGUGGCGCUCUCGGAGGCGGAGACGGACGCCAUGUCCUCCCUCCCGGGCCACACCCCCUCCUCCCAGGGCUCCUCCUCCUCCUCCGAGUCCCUCAUCUCCUCGGAGCCCAGCGACUCGGGCUUCCACAGCGUCAGCACCGGCGAGCACCGCCGGCUGCACGCAGGCCACGCCCACCGCCAGCCGCCACGCCCGGGCCACUCCCCCCGGGAGCAGAGAGGACGCUGGGACCUGGAGUCCAUCCCUGAGACCAGCCAGAUGGGCCACAGCCGGGCGCCGCCGGCCUCCCGCUGCUCAGUGGGCAACAGCACCACCACCACCGUCCACUUCCACCGGGCCGAGCGGAGCCCCACUUUACCCCGCCACCACUCGCCGCCAUCCCCCUCCAUCGGCUGUCAAACUGAACCCUGCCAGCGGAGGGCGCUGUGGUUGGACCAGCAGCGGCAGCAGCAUCGGGGAUGUGGGACCAUGGAGGCUCCAGGGAGGAGCCAGACCAUAACAGACCUGAGCGAGGGGCAGCGCCGCCGCAGGGCGAGUCACCCCCACACCACGGACCCCAACGGCCCCAGAAACGCCCACCAGAACAGCCACCCCGGCCCCGGCCCCGGCCCCGGCCCCGGCCCCGGCCCUGGCCCCGGACCCGGCCCCGGCCGCCAUGCCGCGGCGCCGAGGAGCCGGGCCAGCUACCCCAGCCACUGUCACCCUCCAGGGGUGGACAGAAGGAGCCUGAGAAGCCACCAGAACUCCCCGCGGAACAGCCAGAGCUCAAAUCGGAGCAGGGAGGAGGAUGCCCUCUCUAAGAGUCCUGGAUCUGGCUCCAGCGGGGUGUCGGACUGGCGAGGCUUUCAGACACUCGGCAGUCUCACGGAGAAGCCGAAGGGCUCCUGCGCAUCUUUCUACAGCACUCUCGGAGCCCCGCAGCGCAGCGCUCGCUCUCCACCUUCUCCCCGCUCCAGGCUGUCCAAUCAGAAGUCAGUCAGGAAUCAGCUGCUCCGAGCCAGAGCUUACCGACUGGCCAGGGAGCGCAGCGAGGUCACCACGGACGAGGAGGUUCGAGGAGAGGGGUCCAGAGAGGGAGAGGAGGAGGGCGAGGACGGCCGGUGGGCGGGGCGAUACUGGAACCGGACGGAGAGGCGGCGCCACAUGGCGCUCUCCCGCCAGCACAGGGAGAGGAAGGGCGGAGGGGAGGAGCUGACGGGUGGGUGCAUGGGGGCGAUGUCGUCCCAGAUGGUGCUGGAGCUGAGCCACAUGAAGCAGAACCGGCUGAGGAACAGCAAGCUGCUGGACGACUGGACCACAGUGGAGGAGCUGCUGACCCACGGCACGCGAGUGGAGAGCGACAGCCAGCUCUGUCCCAGCCCUCUGCUGUCGGUCACCACCGUCUGA